AAUUGAAGAUACAAUAUGUCGGAUGAAGAAAGCGAAUACGAAACCUCGGAAGAGGAAGGAGAUACGGAAAGCGAGAGCGAAGAGGACGGACAGGCGAAGGAAAAUGUAAGUCCAACAAAGAAAGAUGAAAUACAGGAGAAGCAGCUAGAUGAAAAGCCGAGUCAUGUGACUAUACCUGCCAAGCAGGCCGCCCAGUCGAAGAUUGUUGUUGAAAAUUCAGCAAAACCAGAGCAGAAGACAAGUUUGAGUACACACCAACACAGCAGUGGAGGAAGAAAGAUGACGCACGCAAGAAAGCAAAAUCUCAAGUCGCUUAUGCUCAACAAAGCGCGACAAGAUCUGAAAGUUGAAGCUGAGAAUAAAGCCGAGGAAAAGAAGAGAGUACUUGACAGCAGAAUGGAACCCCUGGCAAACUUGGGCGGCAUGGAUGAAUCGGAGUUGAAGGAGUUAUGCAGAGAUCUUCAGAACAAGAUUGAGAAAACUGAUGAACAGAGAUAUGACAUAGAGGUGAAAGUCAAGAAGAAUGAUCAAGAGAUAGAGGAUUUGAAUCAGCGAAUAUUCGACCUCCGUGGAAAAUUCAAGAGGCCUCCACUCCGUCGCGUUCGCAUGUCAGCCGACCAAAUGCUCCGAGCUCUCCUUGGAUCCAAACACAAAGUAUCAAUGGAUCUCCGCUCCAAUCUCAAGUCUGUCAAAAAAGAGGAGAGCAAGAAAGAAGAUCAGACCAUCGACUGGCGAGAAAAUGUUGAAGCAAAAUCUGGCAUGAGUGGUAUGAAGGCAAAGUUUGAAACUCAAGAAGAAGCAUAGGAUCUCCAUUUUUCACAAACAUAAAUUUUCAUAUUUGGAUAUAAUUGUGGUCAUGCUUAUUAUUUUCUAAUAUUUUGCUCCCGUACAAUAAAGUUUUGUCCCAUAGUAAACUGAUUGUGCGAGAGAGAUGUGAUUUAUAUAAUGGAGCCAAACGGCUAUAGAAACAACUAUUAUGGAGAAUAUCAUACUGCAUCGUCGGAAAUUGUAUGCUUAUAAUCGUCUUACAGUGAAAUAUGGUCUUGUAUCUUCAAAUGAGCAUUUAUAUUAAAAGAGCAAUACAUUAUUUUGCAACUGAA